AUGACUUUGCCUGUUUCAAUGGACGAUAAGGAGUUGUUCCCAAAGGAUGAGAUUCUGAAUGUGAACUUUUCUAUGAAAACUGAGAUUGAUGGUGACAUAUUCCGACAGAUGUUUAAUUCACUGGAUAGACUUUGGUGGUCGAGAUUGGUGAUUUCAGUUCGCGGAUAUGUUAUCAACUAUGUGCAGCAGAAUGAUGACGUCUUGUUCCCAUGUGAUGACGCUUUUAUACAAAUCCAUCAAAAAGUUGCUGAUAAAAGCAGCGAUGAGAAAACAGCAUACGAGUAUCUGGAAGCAAUUUACAAUAUCAUUCGCUCCAAGGAUCUUCUUCUGAGCGCGUUAUCGAAUCCGGCAAUCUUAAACAGAUCUUCUUCAUUCGAUCGUAUCGCGCAGUCAUUCGUGAUCAUUUAUGGAGAAUUUAAUGGGAAACUACUCCAACUUGUGAUUGCUCAAUUGCCAGCAUUCACAUUAUUCAUCAAAGUGGUCGUCAACCUUCAACAACGAUGGGUUAAUCAAAAAACGGGCAAAAAGUCGAUUCGAUUCGAAACUGAUCCGGAAUGGGAACCAGAUGAGAGAGUUGUGCUCUUUCAACAAUUUGGAACUGACAAUCGUACGUGGGUUCUGCUUGACUUUGACCGUCAUAUCAUCGAACAGUGGAAACCAACAGGAACAUCUGUAAUUUUUGGAGAUCGAUUUGUAGAAAAGAAAAAACGAGCUGGAAUGAAACUUUGCUCAACUUGCGGCAUGAUUGAACAAAAAGUUGCACAAUUUGCACAAUUCAACGGUGAUGUGUUUUGUUCAAAAGAAUGCUUCGAUGAGGCAACAUCAAAAAAACCGAACUAUCAUGGGGCGACCGUCUUAAAAUUGUAA